AUGGCAAAUGUUGGUACCAAUAGAACAAAUAACACUAGCAACUGCCUUAAUACCACAAUCGCAAGUGCACCAACAAAAGACUAUGAAGAAAAUGUCACCGCUAGCAGCAGCCGAGCUGCCAAUAAUUAUCAAAAUAUUGACGAAAGAACUGAAGAAGGUG